AUGCUGUUAGACGCUGAAACCCGAUACAGUAUGAUGGAAAAAUUGGCACUCGCACUCCUCACGGCCAAGAAGAAGUUACGACAAUACUUCGAAAGCCACACAAUCAUCGUAUAUACGGACUAUCCAUUAAAGCAGGUACUGAGUAAGCUCAACCUUUCUGGAAGGUUAUCUAAAUGGGCCAUUGAGCUUGGGACAUACGAUAUUCAGUUUUCGCCACGAAAAGCUAAAAAGGGGCAGGUACUCGCUGACUUCCUGGUUGAAAUUCAGUCAUUCACUCCUGACGCCCUGCCAGAAUUAUUAGAAUCAGAAGAUCAAUGGCUGUGGACAAUGUACACUGACGGAGCAUCCAAUUCCCAAGGGGCUGGUAUUGGCGUCGUAUUAGAAGCCCCCUCAGGACUCAAAAUCGAAGAAGCCAUCCGUUUAGAGCAAUCUGCAAUGAAUAAUGAAGCAGAAUAUGAGGCACUAAUCUAUGGUUUGGAACUCGCACGAGAAAUGGGAAUCCAACGUCUGAACUUCAGAGGCGACUCACAGCUUAUGAUAGAGCAAGUGGCUGGAAAUUUCGAUACCAAAGCACCCCAUCUGGCUAGCCUUCUACAGAAGGUAAUUGACUUACGAUCGCAUUUUCGCCAGUUUGAACUCAUACUAGUACCCAGGGAGCAAAAUCAGAAGGCCGACGCCCUUGCCAAAUUAGCUUCUGCGGGAGGAUGCACACGCCAGUCCUCCAUAUCCAUAAGUCGAUCAAGCAAAGAUAUGGAAGUCUAUUCCACCUCAUCAGAACCUGAAUGCUGGAUAGAUCCGAUCAUAAAAUACUUGACCACCUCCGAGCUCCCACCUAAUCCGAAAGAUGCAAAGCUUCUGCGCCUUCGGGCACAACGCUAUUCCAUGAUCCAUGGGACGUUGUACCGAAAAUCCUUCAACGGCCCAUACCUACGGUGUUUGCGCCCAUCAGAAGCUAAAAAAUUGUUAGAGGAAAUACAUGAGGGGACAUGUGGAAAUCACAUAGGGGGACGAAGCUUGGCACACAAGGCACUUACAGCAGGGUAUUAUUGGCCAUACAUGAUGACAGAAGCGCAGGAUUAUGCCAAAAAAUGCGACAAAUGCCAACGAUUUGCACCCACCAUCCAUCAACCUGCUCAAACCCUACACUCCAUCAUUGCACCUUGGCCUUUUGCAAAGUGGGGUAUGGAUGUAGUAGGUGAACUACCUAAGGCUGCUGGAGGGAAGAUGGUAUGCUCUUGUAGCCACUGA